GCAACUCAGUCUUUCUUUCUUCCUUUCCAUCAAUCUCGUCUUUACGCUGUCUUCACGCUACGAGUAUUCUUGAAACCCAAUAUUUCCGUUACAGCUGUACAUCCCUAUUACGCGGUGCUCCGCUAGCACGAUUUCGCAAUGAGCAACAAUAUCAAGGUCGUCUGUCGUUUCCGUCCGCCCAAUUCCAUUGAACAACGCGAAGGAGGCGAGAAUGUGGUGGCUUUCAAUGACGACCUGACGACCGUCCAACUCCGAUCUCUUCAGUCGUCCACAGGUCCCGACAGGGAUGGCUUUACUUUCGAUAGAGUAUUUCCGAUGGGUACACAGCAACAAGAAGUAUUUGAUUAUGGUGUUAAAGAUAUCGUCAAGGACGUAAUCAAUGGGUACAAUGGAACCGUUUUCGCGUAUGGUCAAACAGGAAGUGGAAAGACUUUCACCAUGAUGGGUGCCGACAUCGACUCAGAUGAGUUGAAGGGUAUCAUCCCCCGAAUAACUGAGCAAAUCUUCCAAUCCAUCGUGGAGAGUGAUGCGCAUUUGGAAUAUAUGGUCAAAGUAUCCUACAUGGAAAUCUAUCUCGAGAAGAUCCGUGAUCUUCUAGCACCACAAAACGACAAUCUGCAAGUGCAUGAAGAGAAAUCAAAAGGAGUUUAUGUGAAAAAUCUCUCGGAUUAUUAUGUUAGUAGUGCUCGGGAGGUAUACGAGAUUAUGCGAACGGGAGGCGCUGCUCGAGUAGUCUCAUCAACAAAUAUGAACGCCGAGUCUUCUCGAUCACAUUCCAUCUUUCUCAUUACUAUUUUGCAAAGAAAUACCGAAAGUGGAGCAGCCAAAACAGGAAAUCUCUAUUUGGUUGAUUUGGCUGGUUCGGAGAAGGUUGGGAAAACAGGGGCAUCUGGCCAGACUUUGGAAGAGGCAAAGAAAAUCAACAAGUCUCUCUCGGCACUCGGGAUGGUUAUCAAUGCUCUUACAGACCCUAAGGUCAAGUACAUUCCAUAUCGAGACUCUAAACUCACUCGAAUACUCCAAGAGUCACUUGGAGGCAACUCCCGCACUACCCUCAUCAUAAAUUGUUCUCCUUCAUCUUACAACGAAUCAGAAACCCUCUCGACUCUUCGUUUCGGUAUCCGUGCAAAAUCGAUCAAGAACUCUGCUCGCGUCAAUGCUGAGCUAUCGCCGGCUGAGUUGAAGAAUCUCCUUACCAAAGCACAGUCAUCCAAUACAGGGUAUCAAAAGUAUAUCGCUGCUCUGGAAGCAGAGUUAGCUAUCUGGCGAUCUGGUAGCCAGGUUGAAGAGUCGGAAUGGGCUACUACAGCUAAGGCUGGUGCUCCGGCCUUUGCCGCACCGUCAACUGCUGCUGCACCCAAGGCACCUACUUCACCAACGCCCUCUACAACCGCUAGCUCGCGUAGCAUGACUCCCAUCAACCCGGCAAUCGAAGGUCUUCGUUCAGAGCUGGGCAGCCGACCUCAAACUCCAACUGUCCUUGGUUUGGAGAAGGACGAACGUGAAGAUUUCUUGCGCCGGGAGAACGAGCUCAGCGAUGCGCUCGCUGAGAAGGAGAGUGCUUUGGUCACUGCCGAUAAGUUGGUCAAGGAGCUCAAGGAAGAACUCACGUUCCUGAAAGAGCAAGAGGCUACUGUUAACAAAGAAAACAAGUCCAUGUCUAGCCAGCUGAACGAGCUUCGUUUGCAAGUUGAACGACUCGACUACGACAACAAGGAGGGCGUCAUUACUAUUGACAUUCUCAAAGAGCAAAACGUUGAUGCCAAGAGCGAACUGGAGGAGCUGAAGAAACAGAUCUCCGAACUCAAAGUCUCACAGAAGGACGCCUCUACUGAGGACAAGGAGAAACGCAAACAGGAGAAGAUGGCUCUCAUGAUGGCGAAAUUCGAUGCGCAAGGUACCUUUUCUGAGAAGGAUGAACAAUUGCGGUCACUGCUCGCCAAGCUAGAUACUAUAGACACUGAUGGUUCGGCGCUGACCUCUGAUGAUCUUACAGCUAUCAGGCGUCAGUUGACGGAGGGUCAAAGUCUGGUUAGAGAUACGAUAGACAGGCUUAGGCAGAGCCAAGAAGAGAAUGAACUGAUCACGAGGAGAAGGGAUGAGCUAGAGAGCCGUGUUGCAACUCUGGAGACUGAAUACGAAGAACUUCUAGAAAAAACAAUUCACGACGAAGAGACUAGCAAUGUCGACCUUGCUGAGUCGAUGGCGGACUUCAAGAACAAACUCGAAGCUCAAUACGCCGCGAAGCGUGAUGCUCACGCCAGCGAGGUUUCCGACCUCAAGCAGCAAAUUGAACUGAAAGCCAAUGAGGUCCGCACACUCAAUGCUUCCAUUGACAGUCUGAAAAGCGUCAAUGAAGAACUCAAGCGUGCUUUCGCCGUAACGUCCGCGGGUAUCGAGGGUGGCAAGAAUUUAGCUGAAAGCGCUCAAGAUCUUGAGCGAACACGCAAGGCCAUCAACGUACAGCUUGCGGAAUUCGACGGAGUCAAAAAGUCUCUCAUGCGUGAUUUGCAGAAUCGUUGCGAGAAGGUAGUCGAGCUGGAAAUUCAAUUAGACGAAAUCAAGGAGCAGUACAACAACGUAAUUAGAAACAGCAAUAGCAAGGCUCAACAGAAGAAGAUGGCUUUCUUAGAACGAAAUUUAGAACAAUUGACUGUGGUUCAGAAGCAGCUUGUCGACCAGAACUCCACCCUGAAGAAGGAGGCUGGGAUAGCGGAACGCAAAUUACUUGCACGAAAUGAACGUAUUCAAAACCUUGAAGCCCUUUUACAAGAUGCGGAUCGCCGUCUCUCUGUGCAAAACCAGAAAUUCGAAGCGCAGCUGCAGGCCGUGAAAGAGCGUCUUGAUCAAGCUAGAGCUCAGAAAGCAGCAUCGUCUCCUCUCAACUUUGGUCGUAUUGCGAAACCUCUCCGGGGUGGAGGCGGCGCAGCUACAGCUUCAACAUCUAUCCCAACCUCAAUCACCGGUGGAGGAAACUCAUCCAGUCCUUUGGGACGACUACAGAAUGAAGAAUCGGGGUCGGGAGCAAAGCGCGCCUCAUGGUUCUUCAACUCGCGAUGAAGUCGCUCUCAUUCUCCAUUUUUAUAUCUCCUCACAUAGUCUCCAUUCCUGCAUACAUACCCAUAUUGUAUUUCACGCAUACAAAUAACAGAAUAGCUUGGAUCAAGCUUGGAUAGGUAGACAUCCUUUUCUUUCCACCACCGAGCCCACA